UUUAAUUUUGAUUCAUCAAAAUUCGCAAUUGCCUUUUUUUUAAAAUUAAUUUCUCCUGAUAUCUUAUAAUAUCUCUCUACGUUAUAAAGUAAACCUUACUCGUAUAAUAAUUAUUUGCAUGAUAAUUCAUUCAACGCGUAUCAAAUUUUAAUCACGUCGCGUGAUGAAGCAGUUCAAUCGUUUUUCUCAAUGUACUUACUUCGUCAAACCGAUGUCGCAGGAAUUUCAAGUGCCAAUUUGUAUGCCGACCUUGUUUUAGGAGGUCAGAAAUUCUAGAGGCCAAGGAUACGGGAACAAAUUAAUAACAUUGAAUCUGUAGAAUAAGCACAUAUUAAAAUGUAAUAUUUUCAAAGUCAUCGAAUCAAUCAUAUUUUAUUUACUUCGAUAAUUAAUGGAUUACGUGAUUAUAUAAUGUAUUCACACGUUUUCAAAAAUCUUUUGUUCUAGAAAUUUAUUAUUAUUUGGAAAAAAUUUAUCAAAACCUAUUUGCUCUGGUGGUGGUCUUCCAUUUUAUUGAUUUUAAAAUAUAAUAGAUCGAAGAAUCGAUCGCAAUGUUAAAAGAAAAAGCAAUUCAAUCGAUCUGUUUGACAUAAUGCUUUCUGCGUAUGGGGUGAAUGGCUUUCAGUAUCAGAGAACUUCAAUAGUAAUAAUACGAUAAGUAGUACUUUCUAUGCGGAAGUGGUUUAUUUCUCUGGUUACUCGAUAACCUAUUAGUAUUACGCUCAUUAUAAUGUACAAAAAAAUCUUUUGCACAAAAUUGAGACUCGAAUUCGAAUAAAUAUAAAUAAAUAAAAUCGUAUCGAUGUAAUAUAUAACAAAAAAAAAAAGGAAGAAAAUUAUUAAAUAUUCAUCUAAAGUGCUUUUUCCCUUCUUCAUUUCAUAUAACAUUCCAAACUGUCGAAUCAAUGAGUUAAAAAUAUUCCUGUAUCGAUUUUGACCAAGAUCGCAAAUUAAAAAAAAAAAAAAAAAAAAGAUCGUUAGAAAACAAUAAGAAGGCAAAAUUGAAGAAGCAAAUUGUCACUCGACAUUAAGUGAAACAUCAUCGAGCGAGUUGGUCGAUCUCUUGGUACAAAAUCGAGGAACAAAGAUGGACGCGCAACUGGCCGAUUACAUAAUCGGAGAAAGUGGUUGCGAAACUAGUCACUCACCACAUGUUGCUAUCACGGAACACGUAACACUUCGGUGGUAUUCGUAGGUACUUGGUCGGGCAUUAUAUCAUAAAGAGACGAAAUUGUUAUGUCAUGAAAUCAACGUUAACAUUACUAUUGACUAAAUCCUUACGAAAUUACGGGAGAAUGCAUAAAACGAUCUCGCGUUACGCGAUCAAAAGAAAGUGUGGUUACUCGUUUCGAAGCAAAACAUUUCUUUCUACAGCUGUGUCGCGGUAAGAUGGCUUUGAAUAUCGGGGGAGCAAUGUCAGCUGUUCCUCGAAGAUAUCGUAUAUAUGAUUUUUUUUUUUUUUUUUUUUUCUACUUAAAAAAUAUCUGGAAUGACCUUGACACAAAUAUCGAAAAUAAACUUUACGUAUAUAAGAGGAGAAUUUCAGAAAAUGACGAAUGAUUUUUUUUAGAAUCUCGAGCGAUCGAUAAGUACUUUAAUUAUCGAUAAUUUAAAAACCGCUUGAAAAAUUAACGAGAUGGGAACAGCGGUCGAAUGGGUAACAGCGGAGGACGCGUACGAGUGCACCCUCUCGAAGGAGACGCAACAACUCUCGAAGGAGGAGCUGAGAGAGGAUAAGAAUACCAGAGACCAAGCCCUCGAGCAAAUACGUAACUGGAUAAAAUUGAAUCCGCGUAUUCAGAAUUGUCGUCUUGAUGCGCGAUUUUUGUUAAGAUUCCUAAGAUGUAAAAAAUUUAACGUCCCAAUGGCGGAGGAAGCGAUCGAGAGAUACUUGCUGCUGCGCCAGGUCUACCAUCCCGCAUUCAACAAUUUGGACAUCACGGAACCAACGAUGGAGGAGCUGUUGUCUUUGGGAUAUCUAUUCGCUGCACCCGGACGUGAUGCUAAAGGCCGUCGUGUUAUAAUUGCCAGACCAGGUGUCUUUGAUCCGCAUAAGUACACGAAUGCUGAUAUGUGUAGAAUUCACGCAAUCACUUACGAGUGUUUGAUGGAAGACGAGGAAAGUCAAGUACGAGGUUUCGUUCAUUUUGCCGAUGGUGCCGGUGUUAGCUUUCCGCAUUUGACGCUCUUCACACCCAAGGAGGCUGUUCGUAUCGUGAAAAAUGGCGAGCGAACGAUACCGAUGCGACAUAAGGAAGUUCACGCGAUUAACACGCAUCCAUCUUUAAAAUUUGCCCUCGAUUUUGGUAUGUCACUGAUCUCCGAAAAAAUAAAGAAACGUGUGAAAAUUUACACCAGCCUCGAAGAAGCGAUCAAUCACAAGAUGGACACGAGUUUAUUGCCUAAAGAGUACGGUGGCACAAUGCCUAUGAAAGAAAUGAUUGAAUUAUGGAAGAAAGAAUUGCUCGAUAUGACGCCAACGUUGUUGAGCCACGAUAAAAUGCGGGUGAAUUUGGAAUUGUACUCGGAAAAAGCUCGAGAAGGGGCGGUUUCAGCUUUGAAACAAGGUUUUGGGUGUUCCGACAUUGGGCCCAACGAUUCGACCAUGUACGGGAUCACGGGUUCUUUCAGGAAACUCGAAGUGGACUGAAACGCAUUAUUCCAUUUACGCAUAACGCAUAACAUGUAUCAAUCCAGUUGGAUAUUCUAUUGUAAACUUAUUCUAUUGGAACAAUGUUAUCAACUUUUUUACAAGUAGUCAUUAAACGUGAAAUCUCGUUAAGAUAUUACUGGUGGAUAUAAAAAAAGGCAGUGAAAUUUCGAUCUCGUUAAUGCAAUGUAAUUUUGCGGCCGAUUAUUUUAAAGAAAUAAUUGUAUAAGUAAAAUUGUAAUGGAUUGACUUAGGUUUAUUAUUAUUAUAAGUUACGUAUUCCAUUGCAUUCUAGUUAUUUGUAAAUAAUAUUUGGAAAUAAAUAUAUAUAUUUUCUUACACUUA